GCGUCCUGUUGUGUAUAAGCAUUUACUUCCACCGGGACAAAGUUUAUCAAGAUAGGGUCUGCUUGUUCUCUGUUUGAGCAGCAGUUUUGAAAUCCAGUGUCACUUCGAACGAAAAUCAACCAUCAUCGCUGCAAAAGAUAUGUCUUCCCAAGUCAGACUGAGGCUGCUGCCGAGUGCCAAGUGUUUGUUUGAUGAGCCUGUUCAGGUGAAAGUGGGCGGACUGAGGUCGAAGCAGCUGGUCACCAUGAGAGCCAGGUCGACUGAUGAGAAAGGGGUAAUGUUCAGCUCCUCAGCCACCUACAGGGCUGAUGGGAACGGAGAGAUCCACCUGGACAGAGACCCCUCACUCAGCGGGAGUUAUUUUGGGGUUGAGCCCAUGGGUCUGCUGUGGUCCAUGAAGCCAGACACUUUGCACAAAAGGUUUAUAAAGACAAGUUCACUGAACCCCCAGGUGGUGAAGCUCUCAGUGCACGAGGAAGAGGAGGGCAAAAUGCUGGCAGAGGUGAUUAACGAGAGGUUUCUGAUUGGAGACGGGGUCAGUCGACUUCCAGUCAAAGAAGGGAACAUCCGUGGGGCCCUGUUUACUCCCCCAGGAAGAGGUCCGUUCCCUGCUGUGUUGGAUCUGUACACUUUCGGUGGAGGUCUGUCGGAGAAAAGGGCCUCUCUGCUAGCCACCCGAGGAUUUGUGGUUCUGACUGUCUCACUGUACGGCCACGAUGACCAGGCAAAGAACAUCAAAGAGAUCCAUCUGGAUUAUUUUGAAGAAGCAAUAGAGUUUCUAAAAAGACAAGAUAAGGUGAGCAGUGAAGGAGUUGGUGUAAUAUCCCUUUCAAAAAGUGGAGAUCUUGCACUUUCCAUAGCCUCCUACCUGUCAGGUGUUGCAGCCACAGUGUGGAUCAAUGGCUGCUCUGCCAAUAUAGCGUUCCCCCUCUACUAUAAGAAGAGAUUAAUCCACCCUGCAUUAAUGCAUGACCUCGAGAAAUUAAUUCCCACUGAGUCAGGGGCUGUCAUUGGCAAAUAUGUUCUUGAUAAUCACUUGGCAGAGGAGAACAAGGACACCCUGAUCCCCAUUGAAAGAGCAAAGGGACAGUUCCUCUUUGUGGCCUCAGAGGACGACCUCAACUGGGACAGCAAGACUUACAUGGACCAGAUGAUGGAGAGACUGAAGCGUCAUGGGAAAGAGAACUUUGAGAGUGUGUCCUACCCCGGAGCUGGGCACUACUUGGAGCCACCGUAUGGACCCUACUGCCCCUCCAGCUUCCAUGGAGUUGCACGUAGGCCAGCUGUGUGGGGGGGUGAGGCCAGGUCCCAUGCAGCAGCUGAAGUCCACAUGUGGAAAAAGGUCCAGGAAUUCUUCAGAACUCACCUGAGCUGGAAUGCGGAACAGACCAAUCCCAAGUUAUAGAUGUAAACAGGAUGAUAAGAAAGACAAAGAAAAGGGAAAUUAUGAUUGUCACUUGGGAUAGCUGCAUCUAUCACUACUGCCUUCCUCUGUUGUUUAUUGACCGCCACAACAUCAGUUUAUCAGUCUAGAUUUGAAAGUCCUACAGAGUCUUGGCUCUGUCGACCUAUGCAACUUUUUCGUUGUUUUCCACUUUGCUCUAGAGACAUCUGGCCCAUACUCAGUGCAGAUGUUUUCCGUACAACUGGUCCAGAAUUCAGCUUAGAACAAGUCAUCUGUAAUAGAAAUAUUUUAACUGAAUGUCACAAUCACUAACUCUCUGCUGGUUCUGAUGUCAAAAAACUGAAAUGUGACUUUCACGUUGCAAUGUAAUGUUCUGACUUUUAUUUCCAGAUGUACCUUUGCUAUAUAACAGCACAUAGACAUUAAAAGACAUACUUCUCUGCAAAUGUUUCACAUCAACCAUCUCAUCUCUGUAAGCAUCUGGGAUGUGUUUGUAACCCUCUCUAGCACCCGUCACCUUAGACAGGGUGAGGUGCUACAAAAGAAAGGGAAAAAAAGGUUUAAGGGUUAUCUCUGACCUAGGCUCGAAGAGGAGGUGGCUUUAUGCUGGCCUGUCUGUGGAAGCAAACAUGUAAAUUUCACCCCAAAGAACACACGGUGACAAAAUGUAAAGUUUUAAAAGGAAGUAUAAUCACUGAAAUGCAGAAUAGAAAUUUUGCAAUUUCAACAGCUCAGAAAUAAUAAAAUUGAAGUAAAUACUGGGGGGAAAAAACAGCAGUGAAAUAAUAAAAGAGAAUGAAAUUAUCUUCAGUUGCCUUCAACAAUCAGUUACUAUAAUUUAGUUCAAAUUCAACCAGUACACAGGUCUAUCCAGAUCAUGAAAGAACAUUUAAAACAAAACUCUGAGAUCUCAGGAAAACAACAAAUGAAAUAAACUCCAAAAAAACAAGACCAAUAAACCAAGAAAUUAAAUGAAAUAAAACGAGUGCACUCGUCCUACCGCCCUCCCUCAAAAGCAAGUCCAAAGUCAAUGGUUGUUGAACCAAGUGGUGUCCAGGAUGGGGAAGCAAGAUGGGGAAUCAGGGUGGAGAAGCAGGUCUGUCGCAGUAGGAGACGGUGGACGGAAGCACCAGGAAUCCAGCAGAAGGAUGUCAACACAAAAAAUCAGCCGGGAAUGAUUUUCCUUCACUCGGUCAAUAGCCGCACAAAAUGACAGCUCCUCGGAAACUUCAGAGUAUCCAGUGAUGUUCCAGUCUGCUAUCUCCUCUAUUUUCUUUUCUUCUCUAUUCUUUUCAAUUCCAAAAAUCCAGGACGACAGACACCACCCAGCACCGCAGGCAGGAAGGGAAAACGUCAAAGAUAGCUUAUAAAAAAGGUUGAUCUGUACUAGAGGUACGGACCGUUAAGGUCACUGAAGAGCUGGCGCCGGUUAACUACUAUUUGCUGCACAUUACAGGCAGUUUAUAUGAAUGACUCUGACGGCGAACAUUGUAUAAUUUAACCAAAAAUACACCGUCUCCUCUCACACUUUAGACAUUGCAGUUUUUACGCUUUUAGACGCCAUGUCUAAAUUGUUUGAAGUCCAGUUCCUAUUCAUUAGUUUACCGCGUUCAGUGGUGGAAGCAGCUGACGAACUCCAUUGCAAAUGUUCCCAUUUAAUUUCGGAUGUUAAUUUACAAGAUAAAGUUAAGGAUGUCGAAUAUGAAACAAACACUCGUGAAUGGUGAGGAGCAGCUCUUUAAUUCGGCAUGAAUUAAAAAAAAAACCACAAACUCGAUUUACUGUGCUAUUGUGAGAUUUGUUUGUGGUUAUGUAACUUGGCCAUUCAACAGAGUCCGCUAACAUUAAAGUGACUGACGUGCAGUGUCUGUGUUGACAGACGUAGAAAAUACGUCAGGGUUUUGUUUAGGUUGUUAAUAUGUAAUAGUCUGUCGCUACUUUUGAAGGUAAAAAAAUUACUUGUAGUUUGCUGGCUGUUAGUUCCGCCAUUUGUUUUGUUUGCUGUUUGUGCUUUAUUAGAACAGGAUCACGUGAAUAAAAAGUUUUGCUAUUUUUAAUAGUAGUGCUGAUUCCAACCCCCAAAUCGCUGUCCGUGAAAAAGUCAGAUAAUGAUAUUUAUAAGACUUUAUGCAUGAUAGAAAAGAGAACAACAGAUGACUAACAUGACAGGCUCGGCACGCAGAUUCACCUCGAAUCACGGAAGCGCCUUCAUCACUCGGAUUACCAAACCGGCUCAUUAAUAUUUAUGCACGUCGGAUUACCAGCCAAUCACAAAGCGCGUUCAUCAGCCGGCUAAUUAAUAUUCAUGUACGUCUCAUUAAUAUUUAUGAUAAGGGAAAGUGCCGUAUCCGUAGGCCACAGGCUACGGGUACGGGUCCGUAUCUGUAGACACUAAGGCUGAAUCCCAAAUCGCCCCCUACACACUCCCCCUCCACUACCGAGUGUCACUCCAAAAGAAGUCACACUCGCAGCUGUGGAGGGCACCUAUUACUGAAGGGGGGAGGGUAUAAAUACGAUCGGCAGGAAUGGGACGCCCUGUUGCCUCACCGGAAAACGGAAGACGUCAUCGCCAUGGUAACAGAAAGACGCCUACUGUCAUGGCUGUAGCGCUGUGGCACAGGUUGCAACUAACAAAGAUCGCUGCUGCUUCCAGAAGCCGAAAGCAUCCCACUUUUUUCACUCACAUUUUUUCCAAUCCUAUUAUCUGGCAUUUCAGAUCCAACAAAUGAAUAAAUGAAUUCUGUCAGUUGUGUUCAAAUUUUAAGGUGUCAGGGGGUGCACAAUUAAAUCAAACGUCAGCAGAGAAGAAGAUUUGUUUCUUUUGUUUUAUCUUUUUACACCACUCUUUGUGAUGUUCUGUCAGUGUGAAAAAGGCGUGGGAGAAAUAAACGCAUGUGGAACUUA